UAGGCCCAUGUUCGCGUGUAGACAGCAUUGUGCGAAACCGGAACUAGGAAUAGCACGUGCACAAAUUCAUGGACAUAUUGCAUGUGUACUAUGUACUUAGAGUGAAUGAACCGAGUGGUAAUGUUAAUAACACUUGGACUAUCAUUCACGACGAGAUUUCUCCACAGUUAUACGGUUGAGGGCGGUAGUUCUACCUCCAUGGUUGCUUAGAGACACAGGCACUGAAAAAUCAUGGCUGAAGAUUCAUUCAGUGGUUUUCUUCAAUCACCAUCUCAUCAGACGAAACAAGUGAAACGUGGAUCCAAAGGAAAACGUUAUGCACCAACAACGUGUUACAGGUUAGACGAACGUGUACCAAUUCUGACUGAGAACGAGAAGCGAGAGUUUGCAGAAUGUGACUUCCCUUUUGAAAAUCUUGCUUUCGAGGGAGGCGGAAGUAAGAGUAUGUCUUAUGUUGGAGUCAUCCGAGUACUUGAGGAGCUGGGGAUAAUGAAGAAUAUCAAGCGAUUUGCAGGUAGCAGUGCUGGAAGUAUCGUAGCUACUUAUUCAGCUUUGGGUUACGACUCCUACGAAAUACAGGAACUGCUGGGUCCAAACUUCUCACCGUUAAUUUAUGACGGGAAGUGGGGAAUUUUUGGGCGACUGGUGAAUCUCGUCGGUAAACUUGGCGCUCACCCAGGAAAGAAGCUGGAGAGGUGGAUAGGUGACAACGUGUGCAAUAAGACUGGUGGAGACAGGAAUUUUACUUUCAGGCAGUUAUACAAGGAACGUGAAGGCGUGGAGCUAUGCAUUGUGGGAGCUGAUUUGAAUAUGAUGGACGCCGUGUAUUUUCAUGCGAAGACAACGCCCAAAAUGCCUAUCUACCUCGCUGCCAGGGCUUCUGCUUCUAUUCCAGCUAUUUUGAAACCGGUCAAGUUCAGACAGAACUACUUUGUUGAUGGUGGUCUUCUGUGUAACUACCCAGUCCACGCUUUUGAUGGCUGGUAUUUAUCAAUGGACCGGGAAGACAAUUUCUUUGAGCGACUUUGUAAACCGAAUGUUAGCGAUCAGUGGGACUUGUCAAGACGCUUUGGGACGGUCAACAAGAAGACAUUAGGAAUUCUGCUGUUUUCCGCGAGUGAGCAGGACACAAUGAAAACAGACCUCGACGCCAGGGUCCGCAAGUAUGCCAGGGAAGUCCCAUCCCCAGACACAAAACUUAAACGAAAAAAGGAGAAGAGUUGUGAUGAAAAACAAGCGUCAAAAGAGAAAAUUAAAGAUGCUCUAGUGCGACUGGUUAACAUGUUGGGCCAUGCAGAUGCUGACAAAAGUGGUACCGUCUCUAAAUACGAGUUCAGACAAUCCUUUAAGGAGCUCUCGGAUGAUGACAUCGACAUACUUUUUAACGGUGUGAAACAUCCAGACGACAUCUUUAAAAUCAUCGACACCGAUAAUAGUGGUGAGAUUGAGUACUCAGAACUUGUCCAACUGGCAGGCAAACGAGAUGUGGACUUACUGCAGACUCUAUGUGGGUAUGAACGGCAUGAGAUCAAGGGUAUCACUCAGUUACUUGGUUCCCUGGUCGACACUGUGCUGCUCAAUGUUCAGCGUGUAACAACAAGGAGUUCUGAUUUCCAGCGCACCAUCGGAAUUAACACACAGUACUUGGAGGCCUUCGAUUGGGACAUGGAGCAGGAAGAUAAGACAUUUCUAAUAGAGUGUGGAAAGCAAGCAACUUUGGGCUUUCUGCGGGAAUACAUCAGCCGUCAAACGUCUUCUUCAACGAAUCUCUGAAUAAUUGGGUGAUAUCUCAUCAGUGUAAAACGUCUGCAUGGUGAACUUAAAGGAACACGUUGCCUUGGAUCGGUCGAGUUGGUCUUGAGCGUUUGAAGCCGUUUUUUACGAAAUGCAUAUAUGCUUAGAUGGGUAAUUUAAAAGUAGAAUAGUAUGAUCCACACAAACAUGCCUCGGAACUUAACGGUUUUCGCGAAGAAACACGUUCGGCCAUUAUGGGUGUCAACAAUUUGACUCCCAUUAAUUUAAUGGCCGACCGUGUUCGUCGACGAUGUAAAACGAAAACCACGCAAUU